AUAAUCAAAUCUUAACUCUCAGUGCGCUUCAUCUUUUUCUCUUCUUUAUUUUAACCAUUUAAUUAAUUAAACUAUUUUUGUUAAUUAAUUUUUUUAUAAUGUCCCGGCGAUUUUAUCAAAACUGAAAAUAAUGUUUUAAGAAAACAUGUACUAGUGUUGUUCUUUUGUGUGUCGCACUCGAUUUUAUUAUUUAAUUAAUUAUUAUUUUUUUGAGAAGAAAAGAAAAAAAAGAGCGCAUGGGAAAUGGAGAAGGAAAGAAAGAAGCAAUAGCAGAGGGUUUUUCUUCAUUUCUCUUCUCACGAUUUUCUUCAUAAUUUCUCUUUCUCUUUCUCUUUCGAUUUUCUCGGAAUCCAAACACACCUGAACUUGUUCUUCUUCCUUUAACUCUCUCUCACCUUUGAGAUCCGUAGACACGUCACUCUUUUAGCUCGAUCCUUUUACUACUUACUUCUUUUGCCACUGAAUUAUUAUUUUUAUAAUUAUUAUUAUAGAGUGCUAAAUCUGUUGCAAAUGAAAGGAUGUGCUGUGAGUUGGAGCGGUUAAAGCCAGUGCCUGCACCGUAUCCUUCUCUAUCUCCAGUUUUGACACGCGAUUCUCGACCAGGAAAACCCACCAUGAAUCACUUAACUGUUGGCACUGAAGAUUCUUUUGCGAGUUUACUUGAGCUUGCUGCUAAUAACGAUGUGGAAGGGUUCAAACGGUUGAUUGAGUUUGAUCCUACGUCGGUGGAUGAGAUUGGGUUAUGGUAUGGUCGUCACAAGGGAUCGAAGCAGAUGGUGAAUGAGCGACGGACUCCUUUGAUGGUUGCGGCUACCUAUGGUAGUAUUGAUGUUAUGAAACUGAUUAUUUCUCUAUCUGAUGUUGACAUCAAUAGGCCUUGUGGCCUUGAUAAGAGCACUGCUCUUCACUGUGCUGCUUCAGGUGGGGCUGAAAAUGCUGUUGACGCUGUGAAGCUGCUUCUUGCAGCAGGGGCUGAUCCCAAUUCUGUGGAUGCUAACGGGGAUCGUCCGAAGGAUGUUAUUGUUUAUCCCCCUAAGCUUGAAUUUGUGAAAAUCAGUCUUGAGGAGCUUCUUCUAACUGAUGAUGCUAGUGUUGGCUGUAAUCUUAGGGUGAUUACAAAUUCUUUUAAUACGUAUUCUCCUCCUUUAUCGGCUUCACCCGAGAACGGCUCUCCUUCUCCACCACCGGAUCUUUUGUUGAGGUUAAAGUCAAUUGAUGUCCCUAUUUCUCCUGCUGCAUCCGAGAAGAAAGAAUAUCCUGUUGAUCCUUCUCUUCCUGAUAUCAAAAACAGCAUAUAUUCAACUGAUGAAUUCCGAAUGUAUUCUUUCAAGGUGCGGCCUUGUUCGCGUGCUUAUUCCCACGAUUGGACUGAAUGCCCUUUUGUUCAUCCAGGGGAGAAUGCCCGGAGAAGGGACCCGAGAAAGUAUCACUACAGCUGUGUUCCUUGUCCUGAUUUUCGCAAGGGUGCUUGCCGGCGAGGGGAUAUGUGUGAAUAUGCUCACGGAGUUUUUGAGUGCUGGCUGCAUCCUGCACAGUAUAGAACCCGUCUCUGCAAGGACGGAAUAAAUUGCUCCAGGAGGGUUUGCUUCUUUGCCCACACCGCUGAAGAGCUUCGACCAUUGUAUGUUUCAACCGGUUCUGCUGUUCCUUCACCUCGAUCAAGCACAUCUUCUGCCAUGGAUUUUGCUGCAGCCAUGAGCAUGUUGCCUGGCUCACCUUCUUCGAUGUCUGUUAUGUCUCCUUCACCAUUCACUCCACCCAUGUCACCUUCUGGCAAUGGCAUUUCGCACAACUCUGGAGCUUGGCCCCAGCCAAACAUCCCAGCAUUGCAUCUUCCAGGAAGUAAUCUCCAGUCUAGUCGGUUGAGAUCUUCACUCAAUGCUAGAGAUAUUCAUAUGGAUGAUUUUGAUAUGUUAUCUGAUUAUGAUCAACAGCAACAACUCAUCAAUGAGUUGGCAUGCCUCUCUCCACACCAUUUGAAUUCUAACAGUCUUAGCCGUUCUGGUCGAAUGAAGCCAUUGAAUCCAUCAAAUCUCGACGAUCUCUUUUCCGCCGAGAGUUCUUCUCCUCGAUAUGCUGAUCCAACACUGAAUUCAACUGUUUUUUCUCCGACUCACAAAUCAGCUGUCUUUAACCAGUUUCAGCAGCAGCAAAACAUGUUGUCACCAGUGAAUACAAAUUUUUCUCCCAAAAAUGUUGACCAUCAUUUAUUGCAGGCAGCUUCUUAUGGUGUUCAGCCUUCAGGUAGAAUGUCUCCACGGAACGUGGAACCUAUCUCCCCUAUGAGCUCAAGGAUGUCGAUGCUGGCACAACGUGACAAGCAGCAACAGUUUCGCAGCCUAAGCUUCCGCGAGCACGGCUCUAACUCUAUGCAUGCACCUCCCGGCUCAGUCAAUUCUUGGUCCAAAUGGGAAUCCCCCAACGGUAAGCUAGAUUGGGCUCACAAUGCAGAUGAAGUAGGCAAGCUCCGUAGAUCAUCUUCUUUUGAGCUCGGGAACAACGGCGAGGAGCCUGAUUUAUCAUGGGUGCAGUCACUUGUCAAAGAAUCUCCAACUGAGAUCAAAGAGAAAUUGACAACAUCUAUCCCAAACGUUGCGCCCGCAGGAACAUCCGGUGAGGGAUUGAAUAUGAAUAUGAACGCACAAAUGGACUCUGUCGAUCAUGCUGUACUAGGAACAUGGCUUGAACAGAUGCAGCUUGACCAUCUCGUGGCUCAGCAAAACUGAAACUAGUUUUGCCGACCUCAAGACAAGGCAGUUAACAACUGAAAGGUUCGAGUAUAUACUAUAUAUGUUAUUUUUUUUGGAAGUUUUGUUGUUGAUGGAAGUGGAAGAUGGUUACAUUAACUAAGAAAGGAAGCAUAAAGAUAAAGAAUGAGAGGAAAAAUUCAUUCACAAGUUUAGUGUUACAAAAGGUAACUUUAGGAGAGACAGAAAACCACUGGGACGCAUUGAGACGGUUAACGCCAAUGCCGGGUUUUUUGGCUACCAAUAUUUACAAUUUUUAGGUUCACAUUCCUGUCAUUUUUCGCUUCCUUGAGGAGCAAAUGUUCUAUCAAAAAAAGUUCUAUUUCUAGUUUUAUUUAAUCUAUCUUUUUUAUUUUAUUUAUAUUUAUUCUGGAGUAGAAAAAGAAGUUACAAAAGGGUUAUUGGAUUUAAUUUCCUCAGUUCAGGUCUCCAUUUUGGUCCAGUUUUGGGGAUGAUACAGGAUUUGGAUGUCAUAUUUCUAUGUAAUUUUGAACCAAUAAUUGUGGAUGCCAGGGAUUGUGUUAAUUAUAGGGCAAAUUUGAAGAUUGGUCCUUUGGGCAUGUAACAUUCAAUUAAAGUUUAUUGCUAUAUUUAUUCUAUUA